GUGUUUACACAACCUAAACGUGCCUGGGAGGCCGACCGGCAGGCAGCAGGCCUCACAAAAGCUCCAUUCAAAGGUAACACGAACCCAGACCAACACUGCCACGUCAAAAUGUUUGAGCACAGGCCUACACUGGUGCAAAUGUUUUUUACUCUGUUUGGACCAAGAAGACAGAGUGAUAUUAGCAACACCGUUGUGGAAGACUGGACAGGUUGAACUGGACGAACUGUUAUCGGCACUCCUUAUCACACCUAAAACGAAAGUAACUAUUAAAGUAGGACAUUAAGGUGUGCCAGCAGAUUGAACUCAUGGGCUGAUUUUUGUCAUCUAGUUUUCCUGAAAAAGUUUCUGUAUGAGUGAAGUGGACAAACGGAGCAAAAGGAUGCAAUAGGAGGUUUUUGAACUUUGGGGGAAAGUGCAGCGUGAAGGGCGUCGAUGGGAGUUUGGGCUAAUUGGAGAGUAGCGGGCCGCUCAACAAUCACAGCUCACAGAGCAGACAGGCGCUCGGGUUUGUCCCAGCAGGAGAAAUGUGUCAAAAUAACCUAUUCCUCUGUGUGCGCGGUUACUGUCGUUUUUUUGUUAUGGCUGGGAGUCCGCCUACUCUACCUACCGGACCCGUUCACGCUGGAACCGUACUUCUCUGAGGAGAACAGCGCGGUGACAGUCCUGAUAUGGACGCAUCCCUUCGGUCGGUACCGCAAACUUCCGGACUGCUUUGCGCUCUAUCAGAUCGGCGGGUGCACGCUCACCGACGAUGGGCGCUCGUACCCGGAAGCUGACGCUGUGAUCAUUCACCACCGGGAUGUUGCCACCGGCACCGUUGACCUGCCACCUGAACCGCGGCCACGUGCGCAAAAGUGGAUAUGGAUGAACUACGAGUCCCCCGCGCACACGUCCAGACUUUGGCGUUUUGAGGAUGUUUUCAACCUCACACUGACCUACCGGACAGAUUCUGAUAUUUUCUUGCCGUACGGGUAUCUGGUCCCCCGUGAACGCAUAACCAAGGGUCUCCAGAACCGCUUUGCGCACCCGCUCCGCGCACCCUCGCGCUCACACCUCGUCCGGCCCCGCCUCUUGGCCUGGGUCAUCAGCAACUGGUCGGAGUCCCAUGCCCGCGUGGCCUUCUACUACCAGCUCCGCCGGCACAUCCAGGUGGAUGUGUUCGGGCGCGCGGGCCGGCCGUUACCGAAGGACAGCGGCGGCAGCGUGGUGCGGCUGGUCAGACGGUACCAAUUUUACCUGGCGCUGGAGAACUCACAGCACACCGACUACAUCACGGAGAAGCUGUGGAACGCGGUGCGAGCCGGUGCCGUCCCGGUGGUCCUGGGUCCGUCCAGGCAGAACUAUGAGCGCUUCCUGCCCCCCGAGGCCUUCAUCCACGUGGACGACUUCCCCACAGUGCGAGGGCUGGCCCGGUACCUGCUGGUGCUGAGGCGCAACCCGGCCCUGCUGAGGCGGCACCUGGACUGGAGAGGGAGCUACAGCUUGCACCAGCCCACCUUCUGGGCUGAACACUACUGCACGGCCUGCAGGGCAGUGAGGAGGACCAGAGGCGGGACUGAUGUGGUCAAAGACUUGACACGCUGGUUUCACUCGUGAAAAACAGCAGUAUCACCUCCAGCACCUGACUGAGCUGAUGGCAAAGCUGAGCGAUCAUUUGUAACUACACCUUCUGUGACAGCGAGACUCACUGUCCCCCAUCAGUGUCAAAGUUUCUAACAGAAAUCUAUUCAUCAUCAACAAUAAUUGUUUGAUCAUUGUAUUUAAUUUAUAUGACUUAAUUAACUUAUGUGAUUGUUCAUUACUUUUGACUUUUUGUUUGAGUGAAUCUGUUCUAUUGUCUGUUUGAUGACUAUUUACACCCUCAGAGUAAAGACAUUUGUACACAGUUUCCUAUGAACUCUCAUCUCAUGAUGUUUUUGUAUGUUGUAUUACAAAUUAUACUUUGUAUUUUCUGUAGACCCAAGUUGGUUUUGUUUGUACUAUAUGGCCCAAAAUCACACAUUUACCUCAGAGGGCUUAACACUCACAUACAGUAGACACCCUCUGUCCUUAGACCCUGUUUUGAAAAGCUUACUGUUAUCAUUUUCUCUUUUACGUGGUUUAAUGUGUUUUGAGGCAGCCACUGGUUUCAGCUGAUUGCAUUACAAGAAGAAAAUCCGCUUGCAGAGACAAGACUUGCUUGAGAUGAUUCAUUGAAGUAAACAGUGUUUCUAGGCCAACAUUUAUUGUCAAAUAUGUCAGAAUCCUCCCUUUCAACUUACGUAUCAUGCAACAUUAGUUGUAAGUUGCUACAAAUAAUAAAGGUGAUAAAAUGUUAACUGUAA